AUGCGAGGUGCUUUCGUUGGAGGUGGGAAGCCUGUGAGGGGUCUGCGGUGCCGACUCUGCGAUGCCUGGGUGCCCAGUGCCGGGGACAACUGGGCGGUGCACGUGGGGGGCAUCCGGCACCGCCGGGCCGUGGCCAGCGUGAGGCUGACCGGGGCGCCCGGCUCCCACGUCACCUCCAUCUUCGAGCGCCCGGAGGCCGUGGCCGGGCCUGCUGGGAGAACCGACCCCGCGCAACCUCCCGGCCAUGCACAAGCCGCCGGCGCCCGGCGCACCCCCCUCCUGGACACCGGGACGCUCCUCCUGGACACCCAGGCCGCCGUGGCUCUGGGUUACGACGGCGUGCUGAUCGAGCGGGCGCAGCGGGAGGCGGCGCGAUCCGCCGGGGUGGACCCUGCGCAGGCGCGGGACCUCCAGAGGGAGCUGCUGGCGGCGCUGGCGGACGUGGCUUCCCUCGGCGACAGACUCUACCAUCUGGCCGCGUCCCCGCUGACGGAGCUGGCCCUGGGCGCAGCGCUGGCCGCCAUGAAACGCACGCUGUGCAGCCAGGCCCACUGCCGCAGCCUGAGCCUGUCGCACCCGCUGCACCUCGCCGCGGCGGCCUCGCUGGCCCGCUCGCACGGCCUGCUGACGGCCUCCAGCCUGGUGCUGUCGGCCCCGCCCCUGGGUCACGGGCCGGGGCACCCCCUGCUCUGGCUGGCGGCCGCGCGGGUGGCGCUGCGCGCCCUGCGCUGCGCGCCCAGCGUCGGGACGCUGGUCCUGCGCCUCGGCGGCUGCGUCGCGGCGGGGCCCACCUCCGAGACGGCCUGCGGGCCGCUGCUGGGCGCGCUGCGCCGUGGGCUGGAGGAGCGCUGCAUGCUGCGCACGCUGCGCCUGGAUGCGGGGUGUGAGCUGCAGUACCUCUUCCUGCGGUCGGAGGUGCGCGCCUGGCCGGCCGCCGCCGCGGCGGGGGCGCGGCGCGUGCGGCUGGCGGUCCUCAUGGGCUCGCACGCGAGGCUGGGCAGGCGGUCGCCCCUGCGCCUGCUGCCGCCGGCCCUGCUGCAGGCCGUGCUGUGCGCGCUGGGGCCGCCCGGCAGCUGCUUGGUGGAGGUCCGGCGCUGCCUGCUGGAGCCCGAGGUUGGCGCGCCAUGA